GAAAAACGGCUUCUCAUUUCAGUUAGACGCACUUUCUGUUAACAUGAAGGCCUUUGGAUGAAUCAGCUUCACAACAUCUGGGGAAGAUGACGCAAAACAUGUUUCAGGAAGGGCUGUACCAAGUGUUUUUUAAGGAGGCGCCCCCGACCCGCCCAGGGACCCAGGCUGCCAAUGAUGGGGAGCUGAGCAAUGCCAGGAUUCAUAGCUGGUUUGGGACUGUGGUGAACACCAGACUUUUAGUCUCUGGGGUGAUUCAAGUCCUCAGCGCCUUAGCUUGUAUACUGAGCACAAUCAGCCACGCAUGUGUGAGCUACGAGUGCUCUGUCUCCAUGAUGAUGCCAGUAUGGUCAAGCAUAUUUUAUUUGGCUGCUGGCUGUUUGGCGAUGGAGGUUCAGAGGAAAGCUAGUAAAGUGAAGAUCAUCACUCUGAUGGCUCUGAACCUCUUCAGUCUUCUGUUUGGAUUCUCUGCCCUGCUGGUGAACAGCAUCAGAUCUGGACACCCUGUUGCACUCAACACAUUCCAGAUGCGCGUCGGUUCAUCCAUUGCGAGGGCCACCACCAUAACAUUCACCGUUCAGUGUUUUCUGGCGUCCGUCUACAUAUCGUUCCUGUCCUGGAGAGGCCUGCGUCGCUACAGUUCGCCCCACGUUCAGGCCUACAGCCGCGUCUCACAGGAUCCUGAAGACACCAACGGGCCUCUGCUGGAAAAUAUGGAGCACAAUCUGUGAAACUCGGCUGAAAUCUCUGCUCAGAUUCGUUGGUUUUGCGCAACACAGUGUUUUGGACAUGUGAGGAAACAUCAAGUCACCUGAUUCAGUAGAACCACCUCAGUAUCACUUCUCUUUUGGGGUUUUCGUGAACUCAUUUGCUAAAAUAAUGGAGAAGUGGAUGAGCAAAUGGGAAAGCUACAAAACAAACUGAUGUCAAAUAAAUAGACGUAGAGGACCAGUACGACUUAUAAAACUGCUGAUAAAGUUUACAUGCUCAUAAUUUUGCUGAAAGUGGUGAUAUCAAAUGAAAAACUGUCAUUAGAAGUCAAUAGUAAAUCUAUGUUCAUGUAGAUUGCUCUGAGAAAUUAGGAUAUUUAGCAAUUUUAGGGUAUUAUAUGUUAAAACAGAUAUGUUUUCAUUUUCUCAGAUGUUGUUCCUGUGAUGGACACUAGAGGGCAGCAUUGUUAGUUUUUUUUCCUGUUGUCCAUUCUGAUAAGUAGAUCCACUCCUACACUGAACAUUUGGAGGAUGCCUUUUUUUUUCUUUUAAUUUUGUUCUCCAGAUGUGAACUCUACCAACACAAUGGACAACAACUUUCCAAAUGAAAAGACACUAUAAUUUCUUGCAUACAGAAUACAUCCAGCAGCACUUGUAAUCUUAAAUAAACGUUUUUGUUCAGAAAGCUCGCCUCAGAUCUUUGACUGAUCCUUAUUCCCAUUUA